UAGUCGGCAGCUUCGCCAUCAGGUCCAGCGGCAGAGUCCACAUUAAUAUCAGCAAGCUCAUCGUCAACAGCGACAUCAGCAACAUCAACAGCAGCAGCAGCAGCAUCUACAUCAACGGUGGCACCAACACGAGCGGCAUGUCUUUCAUGGAGGUGCUGAUGCCUCGACCACUGAACACGCCUCUCGGACGCCUGAUAGAGCAGGCAACAGAUGGCGGGCUCUUACGCGAAGACUGGAGCAUGAUCCUGGAGAUCUGUGACAUCGUCAACGAGACGGAGGAUGGCCCCAGGGAUGCUCUGCGGGCUCUCAAGAGACGUCUGGGUGGCGGUGCCAACAAGAAUACCCGGGAGGUCAUGCUCGCGCUCACGGUGCUGGAGAGCUGCAUGAAGAACUGCGGGCACCGAUUCCACGUUCUGGCGGCGAGCCGCGACUUCGUGGAGGGCUCUUUAGUGCGGCUCAUCCUGCCCAGGAGCUGCCCAACACCAGCGCUGCGAGCCCGUGUGCUACGUCUCCUGCAGGCAUGGGCAGACGCCUUCCGCAGCUCAGCUGACCUGACAGGGGUGGCCCAGGUGUACGAGGCACUGAAGAGGAAAGGCGUGGAGUUCCCUCCUCCCAUCGCACAGGAGACAGAAACCCCAAGCUGGGACGAGACGCUGAGCCAGCCGUGUGGCCCCAGGCCCGACCUCCCAGUGUCGUGGGGCAGCACGGCCGUGCCCAGCGACGGCCUUCAGCCACCGGUGGACGAGACCCGCGCAAUUGGGGUGAUGCGGGGCCGCCCGCUGAUCGUGGCGGCUCAGCGGGCGGCACGCGACCUCAUGGCGGCUCUUCGCAGCACGCAGCCCGGAGUCCCGCUAGCUCCUUCCGGCUGGGAGCACCUGCAGGUGGAUGCCCUGGCCGCCAGGUGUGGGACAUUCCGACGCCGGGUGCACGAGCUGGUGUCGGAGGGCGUGGAGCAGCAGGAGACGGAGCAGCUGCUGGCACUGAACGACGAACUCAACCGCGCGUUGCUGCAGCACGAGAGAUACUGCCAGGCACACGUGGGCACCGGGGAGCACUCGUCUGGCACAGCACCGGCAAGUCUUGGUGAAUCGGAGCUAUCGGUGGCCACAGACGAUGGCAACGUUUGUUCAGAUGAUCUGGCACACAGUCGCGUCACAGAGGACCUACGCAUGAGAGUGUAUGCAGAGCGUCUGGAGGCUGUGACUGAAGCGUGGCUUCUUCCUGUGCACUUGGAACCCAUAGACAUCUGGCUAGCCAGCCAGAACAUGAUUCCUUUGGCACAACCCUCUUUUAUGGACGACAUUGAAAAGUGGCUGAACUCCGAUGUGAAAGGAGAUGUCGAAGAUGAAGGUGAUACGACUGAGGAGUUUGAGCGGUUCCUGGGGCGGCGUGCGCGAGCCGUGAAGAGCGACAGGCCCUCAGGACCCUCCACGCUGCCCAUCGGAGAUGCCAGGACUCGGCAGCCCCCCAGCCAUGACACAAAGUGACACGACAGCCCGGUGCCCCCCAGUGGCGUAGCUAUCGAGUGUGCAGGCGGUGUACCUGCAUCCCCGGGGCAGAUGGGCCCAGUUUUCGAGCCCUGGACAGGAGGAAAAUAGGACAGGGGGCCCCUUUUAUUUCUUACGCCAGGGCCAAAUGUUAACCUCACUACGCCACUGGUGCCACCGCCCACUCUUUUAAAUGCAAGAAUGUGUUUGUUCUCGGCAUGCAAUGAUUCACUGCAUGAGCAAUUUCGUUGAAUUGUCAUGAAUCAGGAUAUUUUGUGUUUUUUCUUGUUCUUCCCAUCCCAUGUGUCGUCUUCUUAAAAUCCUUUAUAUUAAGUUCACUUGCUUGCUUGCGCGCUUACGACCGUGCAAAUCUUUCGGUCGUUUUUUUAACCCACUUCCCGUGAUCCAAUCGAGCUGACAUUUUGCACACAGACUCGUUGUGCGUGACAAUUUAUUUUCGUGAAAAAUUUUUAGCAAAAUUUUACACUUUUUAGGAAAAAAUUAAUUAUAUUUAAUUACCAAUUGCUUAAUGGUGGCAGGCAAUCAUCUGACCCAUAGGUGGCAGCCAUCUCAAGCCAGAGGACGAGAGGACUCUAGCCGCCACACAUAUAAAGGAUUUAUAGUGAAAAACUUUAUUUUUACGGGUUAAUUUUUUUCUGUCCUGUUUGUACAGUUUUUCUUGCCCUUUGCCUAGAUUUAACUUGAACAAAUACUUCCAUAUAUUUUGUCAUCUCUUAUACGGACAAUUUGAUGCAUAUUAUCAUGAGCAUAACAAUUAUAUUAAUCAAUGAAGCAAUGUAUCGUCACAUGCCUAGUUAGUGCAUUGUGAGUUUUAAAACUACAUGCUCAUCGUUUCUUCUUUGUCUAUAUUGGGUUCUAUUUUGUGAGUAUUAAAGCACUUGUUUUAAUAUACAUACGAUGUAUAAACAAGAUUAUCUGCAGCUGGACAGCAUUUGUGCUGUGCCAAAUGCAGCCUCCAGAUAUUAUCAUACCCAGGAGCACACUCAGGUUUUAUAGAUGUUAACUUUGGCAGAAAUUCUGGCCGAUAGCCUUUAUAGUACCCCAACUGGUUAAUUAUUGCAGCGUGUAGGCAACAGCCACGACAAUUACAGUCAAGUGCUCUCUUACCAAUGUUUUAAUCUCUUUUACUGUCGACUCAUUUUGAACCAAAAUAUUUCUUUCAAACAUUUUUCAAAAUGUUUAGAAAGCGCAAUGGUUCUCUUUGCAAAUGUGGAUGCGGUAUCGAAUCGUCUUAAGAAUCAACCCUGCCUACCAAAUACAUCGGUAGGGUUGGCGAGUUCGCAAUGUAACCUCAAUCAAUGAAGGAUCGGGCCGUGCAUCAUUUAGUUUUGCGCCGAGAAGCUCACAAGCGAUGGGCCCUCUCCUGGCAUUUGUUUGACGAGUGUAGCCCCAAGGAUUCCAGCGAGUGAUGCCACUGGUUCAAAGUGCUGAACUGAACCGUCACUGCCAGAUUCUGGGAGAGUAUUCUGGGGUUUGAAAGAAGAGAGAGCUCCCAUGAGGAAUUUCUCAUUGGGGGAAUUUAAUUUCUGUGACACCAGAGGUGGUAGCUAGUAGCAGGGUGCAAUUUUGGGCUGCCUUGCACGUAUUGUGAACUGUGCCGUUUGCUUGUAUCGACGACACGGGGUCAUAACAAGGUUCUGUUGAUUACAUAGCUCAUAGCUGCAAAUAGCAGAGUGGUGUAAUAUUGUCCUUGAAUGUUUGACGUUCAUGCAAUAAGCUCAUAAAAACAAGUCUAUAACUGUAUUCUGUGUUGGUUUUCAAACAAAUAAAUUAAAAUUGUAUAUACAUGCAAA